AUGGCAGAUCAAGACGUGAUCGCCCGUCUGUACGCCUCCGACCGAAGCUACAAGUACGCAUCGAAAGCCAUUUUGAUCAACAAGUCUCGAUAUGCUGCUCCCCAACUUGGCUCGCCAUCCCCGACAGAGGCUUCUCAAAGUCGUGAGACUCGUGGAUCAACCGAACCGCUCGACGAGCCUCGCGGCCUCGAACAUCUCUAUGAGCCCUGUCUGGAGCUGCGAUUCAGCCACGGCCCACAGACCGACGCUGGGUUUGUCUUUGGCUCGGAUCCCAACAGCGAUAUCGUUCUGCCGAAUAUAAAUGGCAUCAGCUUUCACCACUGUGCCUUGACCUUUGACGCCCAGAACCGCCCGGUGAUGCAGGACCUCGACUCGCUGAAUGGAACAGCUGUGUCAUACGACAACGAGGCAGGCGAUCAGGUCCGCAGCGAUUUUACCUGGAUCAUCGGUGGUCACCAGAUUCCACAGAAGAAAGCAAUCACUGCCAGCCUGAACAGUUUUCUCGGAUUCCGAAUUGUCGUUUCUAAGCUCGAUUUGGCGUCACAAUCGUACAUUGAAAACGUGGAAUCGUUCCGACGGGGCUCGGCCAGUCCAGAGAAACUCCUGCAUCGCCUCGACUUGACGAGUCGCCCGCGGACUGAACCGGCCAGUGGAGCGCGCACCCCGGGCACCGGUCCUGUUAUUCUCAAGAGAUUGCUGGGCGAAGGAAGCUUUGGUAUCGUAUCCCAUGCCUGGGACGUUAGCACUGGUGCAGAGUAUGCCCUCAAAAUGCCUUCCAAAAAGGCCAUUAGGGAAAGGAGAGUUGACCUUGAGGCGUGGAGGAAUGAGGCCGCCAUCAUGGGGAAAAUCUCUCAUGGGAAUAUUGUCCGGCUUCUUGGCCACGAAAGUGACGUGCACCCACCCCAUCUCAUGCUCGAAUAUGUCCCUCUUGGAUCGCUUUCGGACCAGGAUGAUAUAUCAGCUCAAGAAUGCACGGAUAUUCUUCGUCAAUGUCUGUCAGCCUUGGCCUAUCUCCAUGGCCGCAGCAUUGUGCAUCGAGACAUCAAACCAGACAACAUCCUUGUCAAGUCUCGCAACGCAGGCGGUAUCCAGGUCAAGCUUGCAGACUUUGGUCUCGGCAGAGAAAGCCCCGACCCGACAACAAUAGUCGGCACCAUGUUUUACCUUGCGCCCGAGGCUGUCCAAAAGAAGAGCUACACCCCUGCGGUUGAUGUGUGGUCUCUGGGCGUCGUGGCAAGUCAGAGUGUCGAGGAAAGGGCCACCGAGCUCAAGCAGUUGCUUGCCACCAUGGUUGUCAUGGACCCGGAGUCGCGAGGCUCGGCAGAGGAGCAUCUCGAGCACGAGGACGAUCAAAGUGACGUGAAGGCUGGGCCGACAGAAGUGAACACUGCGCGGAAUCUGCUCAGGUCAGAAGCCCCGCCACCGGAGUCCUCGGGGCCGUCGAGGAAGAAGCAGAAGCAGUCGCUCGGGGGAGAGGCAAGUAGCUUCCACGAGAGCUGGCUGUACGAUCCCCUUCACGCAUUUGGAGGAGGGUCGUCUCUUGCGGCCGAGCUGGGAGGGUCAUCAGGGCGGCAGGGUGAUUGA